ACUUUUCUGUAUGUCACUGUAGCACACACACUCAUCACCACAACACGAACCCCGUUGUAAAUUACUUACGCUUAUCAAUAGUGGUAAUGUAAUGGCGCUAGUGGGUGCCUCUGAUCUGGAACUUAUCGCGCCCUACCGUUGUGUGUGUUGACGGCGACCAGGUGACUACAGUGUCGAUGACAGUCAGCUGCCACCACAGUUCCCGAUCAGCCCGCAACCAUCGAAGGUCGACAGCACGCGCAUCGUAAGCAGGAGACACACACACGCGGACGCGAUGAAUAAACCGCCGGUCCUUAUUUGCAUAUUGCUGCUGCUGCUAUACGUUGCACCGAGCAAACAGGCUUCCACCCCGAACGAUCCACACUACUGGGCCGGUGUGGUAGAGUUUAGCUCGAACCGGGUAGAGGGCGAAUCCGUCGAAACCAGUACGGCCAACCGUCUGGCACAGUAUCUGACCAUCAUAGAUUCGGGCGAAGCGAACGUUACCGAUGUGAUUGUGUUUCCCGAGGGUACGCUGAAUCGCUAUGACACCGCCUCCUUUGUGCCGCAUCCACUGGACCAGAUCGUACCGUGCAACAACCUGACGUACGAACGGGUCGUGCGGGACAUUUCCUGUGCGGCACGCAAUCGCAAAAAGUACGUCGUGAUUAAUCUGACCGAGAAAGCCAAAUGUCCCGAGGGGUUGGACAAUCGGCCGUGCAGUGCGGAUGGGUUAUACCACUUCAACACGAACGUGGCGUUCGACCGGGAGGGUAUGGUCGUAUCGCGCUACCGGAAGUUUAAUCUGUUCGGUGAGAAAGGCAUCAACACGACCAGCUACCCGGAGAUUGUUAGCUUCGAAACGGAUUUCGGCGUACGGUUUGGACACUUUAUCUGCUUCGACCUGAUGUUCAACGAACCCGCCCUGGAGCUGGUGCGACUGAACGUGACGGAUUUCAUCUUCCCGACGAUGUGGUUCUCGGAGCUGCCCUUCCUGACCGCGUCGCAAAUUCAGCAAGGAUGGGCCUUCUCGAACAAUGUGAAUCUGCUGGCGGCUGGUGCAAGCUUCCCGGGUGUGGGCAGCACCGGAACUGGCGUUUAUUCGGGUCGGCGCGGUGAGAUCCUAACCGUCAUGAAUCACGAACCACAGACUAAGCUGUACGUUGCUCAGGUGCCGAAAAUGAACUUCCCGAACGCGGCCUUUAACAAGAUCCCGCAGCCGAAAGGUACACCGGCCCAGAUGGCUAAGCUGUUCCUCAAGCGGGACCAGAUCGACCGGUACACUACAAAGGAUCUGCCGAUGACUUCCAACGCGCAGCUCGAGGAAAGCGUUUGCUAUGAAACCCACUGCUGCAACUUUACCCUCAACUAUAGCGUCAAAUCCAAUCUACAGAACACGCAGUACUAUCGCUACAAGCUAGCGGCGUACGAUGCUGACCGUACGUUCGACGGGUUUGCCGAUGGCCAGAUUACGACUUGUGCCAUUUUUGCCUGCUCAUCCACUAACUAUAGCGACUGUUCGCGAAGGUUCGAAGCGAACCAGGCGUACGAUGACCAGGCCGUCACGUUCAACUCCAUCACCAUCGUGGCCAAGUUUGCGGACAAUAGCGACACGUUUGUGCUGCCCAAUAACGUGGACACUAGCAUCGUACCGUUCGAUGUGUCGGAUACGGAGUACAACGUUGUGCCGAGUGUUGGCGAUGCGACACCGCACAAAAUUGUGACCUACAAGCUGAACAGGCCCCAUGCCGAUCUGUACACUUUCGCUAUUUGGGCGCGUAAGUUUGAGCGUCAUGCUAGCUCCGGCGCUAACGGUUCCGGUGUCUUUUCGACGUUAGUAUUGGGUGUGAUUGCUUUGCUAGGGUUGGUGAAGAAUUUGUGGAACUUUUAAACCCAUUGCUACACCACUUCCAGCACCACUAUUCGCAUAGACGAACUGUAAUGCCUUAAUUCCACUUCUGAGAUCAUGAUCACUCAUCCGGCACGGUUUACUCAUCUUCAUCUCCAUCUCAUCAGCAGCGAUACAAACAUUGUUCUAUGUACUUAUUGUAAUAAAUGGAUAAAAGGUAUGCAAAAUAAAUGAUUCUAUCGUCUUCUAAAAAAUAA